CAGAUGAAGCUCCAUUUCUUUUCCUUCCGAAUCCUUCUUGCCUUGUUUCUCUUUUAUGUUCAUUGCUUUCCCUUCAGAGUUCAAAUCCCCUCUUCUCUAUCAUUUAGGGAUCAAUGUCACAGACCCUAGGAUCCUAUUCAUCCUUUUUCUUUUGUUUUCUUGGCACUUAGAACUUCAACUCGAUCAAGAGCCAUGAAGCUGCCACCAGGGGCAUGCCAGUUGCCUCUAAUUGGAAACUUGCAACAGCUUGCAGAGGUAAGAAGAGUGUUCCAAGGAAAAGGGAAGGUGAGUGAAUCUGGUCUUGAGGAACUAAAGCACUUAAAGUGUGUAAUCAAAGAAACCUCAAGACUUCACCCUCCUUUGCCUCUGUUGGCUCCUAGAGAAUGGGCAAAUUUCAAGUGCAUUCCAUUUGGUGCUGGAAGGAGAAUCUGUCCAGGCCUUUUGUUUGGAGAACCUAAUAAGGAAAUCCCACUUGCACAAAUGUUGUUCCAUUUUAACUGGCAGCUUCCUAAUGGGUUGAAGCCAGAGGAUAUGGACAUGACUGAGGCUCCUGGUCUGUCUGUGAAGAGGAAAGAUCCCCUGCUUUUGGUCCCAACUCCUUAUCAAACUACCAUUCCUAAUCCGGUGGUGUUGCUAGAGAAGCAAUGGGAAAGGUGGGAAAGAAUUGUGGAACAAAACAACCAAGGAGGUGUAGAGCCGAGAGUAGAUGCGAAGAAGAAAGAGACGAGCAAUGAAGAGAAAGAAGAAAAUUCCAAGAAAGAUACGAUUGUUUUAGAAGUUUAUGUGCAUUGUGAAGGAUGCUCCGCCAAGGUCUCCAAUUGUCUCAAAUGCUUAGAAGGUGUUGAAGAAGUUAACAUUGAUAUGGCGAAUAACAGGGUUAUCGUGAAAGGAUCGAAAGCUGAUCCGUUAAAGGUUUUGGAAAGGAUUCGAAAGAAGUAUAGUAGAAACGUGGAGCUUAUUAGUCCCAAACCCAACCCGAACACUAAAGUAGACGGGAAAAAAGAACCGGAAAAGAAAGAAGAAGUAAUUAAUUUCUAAAAUUCUUUUCUUAUUGUAAAUUCAAAAAAAAAAAAAAUGCUUGAGUUAUUCUCUGCAUUUCAACUUUUUUUUUCCUUUUUUUUUUUUUAAUGUUUUGCAGGCUGUGAAACAAGCAGUAUUCAAAAUGUUCAUACACUGUGAAGGAUGUGCUAAUGAUAUCAAACAAAAUAUAGAAAGAUUAGGAAGUAAUUACUCUUCUAUUUCUAUUUUUUAAACAAUUUUUUUCAAUAGAUUAUUCUUUUUAAA